GUUUUUGUCUUAUGUUUGCAGCUCCCUGGCAAUUGGAACCACAACUGGAUACAGGCUUUUCUCCUUAAGUUCUGUGGAGCAACUGGACCAGGUCCAUGAAAGCAAUGAAAUCCCAGAUGUUUACAUCGUGGAGCGUCUGUUCUCCAGCAGCCUUGUGGUUGUGGUCAGUCAUGCCAAGCCACAGCAAAUGAAUGUCUACCACUUCAAGAAAGGGACAGAGAUCUGCAACUACAGCUAUUCCAGUAACAUCCUCUCCAUCCGGCUGAAUCGUCAGAGGCUGGUGGUUUGCCUGGAGGAGUCAAUUUACAUCCAUAACAUUAAGGACAUGAAGCUUUUGAAGACUAUUCUGGAUACACCUCCAAAUGCAACAGGUCUGUGUGCUCUCUCCAUCAACCACGCCAACUCCUACUUGGCUUAUCCCGGCAGCGCGACCAGCGGAGAGAUCGCGCUUUACGACGGAAAUACUUUGAAAACAGCCUGCACGAUUCCUGCCCAUGACGGGCCGCUGGCUGCUCUUGCCUUCAACUCCACCGGGUCAAAGCUGGCAAGUGCUUCUGAAAAAGGCACAGUCAUUCGUGUAUUUUCCAUUCCUGGGGGGCAAAAGCUGUAUGAAUUCCGGCGAGGGAUGAAAAGGUAUGUGAACAUCAGCUCACUGGUGUUCAGCAUGGAUUCCCAGUUCCUCUGUGCUUCCAGCAACACGGAGACCGUGCACAUCUUUAAACUGGAACACCUCACUGACAGUCGGCCAGAAGAGCCUCCAACCUGGAGCGGUUACAUGGGGAAGAUGUUCCAGGCUGCUACCAACUACCUCCCUGCUCAGGUAUCGGGCAUGAUGAACCAGGAUCGAGCCUUUGCCACUGUCCGCCUGAACAUCUCCGGACAAAGGAACAUCUGUGCCCUCUCCACGAUUCAGAAGCUGCCUCGACUGUUGGUGACUACGUCAGAUGGACAUCUCUAUAUCUAUAACUUGGACCCGCAAGAUGGAGGGGAGUGCGUCUUAAUUAAGAACCACAGUCUGCUGGGCUCAGGAAAGAUGGAGGAGAACAAAGAAAACGACCUUCGGCCUCCAUUACCUCAAUCUUACGCAGCAACUGUAGCCAGACAAAGUACAGUGCCUUCAGCUUCAACCAUGCCAGGUUAUUCAGAGGACGGCGGUGCCCUGCGAGGAGAGGUUAUCCCAGAGCAUGAGUUUGCAACUGGACCAGUGUGUCUUGAUGACGAGAAUGAGUUUCCUCCUGUGAGCAUUCGGAACCCCUAA